CCCUUGCGGAGCGUCCUGUCACUGGUGGAAAAUGGCUGCUCGGAGUAGCUCCCCAAAGCUCAGAGGAAAGUGAAGAAAAGUCUACAUUAACAGCAAGAGGUCACAUCUGGACCUUUUCUAACAGGCGAAGCAACAACUCGGGGAAGCCUCGACACUGAGAAUGUCUCGCUGGGUGCCCACUAAAAAGGAGAAGUAUGGUGUUGCAAUCUAUAACUACGAUGCCCGGGGAGAGGAGGAGCUGUCGCUGCAGAUUGGAGACACAGUGCACAUACUUGAGACAUAUGAAGACUGGUACAGAGGGCAUAGGCUGAGGAGAAAAUCCAAAAAGGGAAUAUUUCCUGCUUGCUAUAUACACCUGAAAGAGGCCACAGUCGAGGGCAGUGGGCAAAAGGAGACGGUCAUUCCCACUGAGCUGCCACUGGUGCAGGAGGUCACCACCACACUGCGGGAGUGGGCUACAAUAUGGAGGGAUUUGUAUGUGGGGGACAAACGCGAGAUGUUCAACUCUGUCCGUGACAUGAUCUAUGACCUCAUCGAAUGGCGUUCCCAGAUCCUGUCUGGCACCCUCCCACAGGAUGAGCUCACAGAGCUCAAGCAGAGAGUCACCUCCAAGAUAGACUAUGGCAACAAGUACCUGGAUCUCGAUCUGGUGGUCAGAGACAAAGAUGGAAACAUACUGGACCCGGAGCUCACCAGCACCGUCAGCCUGUUCAGAGCGCAUGAGGCGGCCUCUAAACAAAUUGAGGACCGCAUCCAGGAGGAGAAGUCUCAGAAGCAGAAUAUUGAUUUGACCAGGCAAGCGAAGUUUGCUUCCACUCCAGCCUUCGCCCUCUUUGUGACUCUGAAGAAUGUGGUGUGUAAGAUCGGCGAGGACGCAGAGGUUCUCAUGUCACUGUACGACCCGGUGGAGUCCAAGUUUAUCAGUGAAAACUACCUGGUGAAAUGGUCAAGUUCAGGUCUUGUGAAAGACAUCGACCAGCUUCAUAAUCUGCGGGCGGUCUUCACAGAUUUAGGUAGUGAGGAUCUUAAAAGAGAGAAGAUCAGCUUCGUGUGUCAGAUUGUCAGAGUGGGGCGCAUGGAGCUACGAGACAACAACACCAAGAAGCUGACGUCAGGGUUAAGAAGACCCUUUGGAGUGGCAGUAAUGGAUGUCACCGACAUCAUAACGGGCAAAAUGGACGAUGAGGACAAGCAGCACUUUAUCCCAUUUCAGCCGCUAGCGUUGGAUGACGCCAUUCGCCACAAGCAGCUGAACAUCUCCCGUUUUUCACCCAGGGUGGCAGGAGAGAACGACUUCCUCCAGACAGUCAUCAACAAAGUUAUCACCGCCAAAGAGGUCAAUCACAAGGGCCAAGGCCUGUGGGUGACUCUGAAGCUGCUUCCUGGAGACAUCCAUCAGAUAAGGAAGGACUUCCCUCACCUGGUGGACCGAUCGACAGCCGUGGCUCGCAAGAUGGGCUUCCCUGAGAUCAUCAUGCCAGGCGACGUGCGAAACGACAUCUACGUGACUCUGGUUCAGGGCGACUUUGACAAGGGGAGCAAGACCACGCCCAAAAACGUUGAGGUGACCAUGUCUGUUUACGACGAGGACGGCAAGAAACUGGAGAAUGUGAUCUUCCCCGGAGCUGGAGAUGAGGGGAUCAAUGAGUACAAGUCUGUCAUCUAUUACCAAGUAAAGCAGCCACGCUGGUUCGAAACAAUAAAGGUUGCCAUUCCUAUUGAAGAUGUGAACCGGAGCCACUUGCGGUUCACCUUUCGCCACCGCUCAUCGCAGGACUCAAAAGACAAAUCAGAAAAGAUAUUCGCCUUGUCUUUUGUGAAGCUGAUGAGGUACGACGGGACGACCCUGAGGGACGGCGAGCAUGAUCUCAUCGUGUACAAGGCGGAAGCAAAGAAGAUGGAGGACUCGUCCCUGUACCUGAACCUACCUGCCACCAAGCUGGAGCUGGAGGAGAAGGGCUACUCCACCACCGGUAAAAGCACCCAGAACCUGGGCAACUGCACCAUCAGCAAGGACUCCUUCCAGAUCGCCACCCUGGUCUGCUCCACCAAGCUCACACAGAACGUGGACCUACUCGGCCUGCUGAAGUGGCGCUCCAACACCAGCCUCCUGCAGCAGAACCUUCGCCAGCUGAUGAAGGUGGAAGGUGGCGAGGUUGUCAAGUUUCUACAAGACACCCUGGAUGCUCUCUUCAACAUCAUGAUGGAGAACUCUGACAGUGACACUUUUGAUACUUUGGUGUUCGAUGCCUUGGUGUUCAUAAUUGGGCUUAUAGCCGACAGAAAGUUCCAACACUUUAACCCUGUCCUGGAGACCUACAUUCGAAAGCAUUUCAGCGCCACGCUGGCCUACAUGAAGCUGACCAAAGUUCUGAAGAACUACGUGGACAACGCUGAGAAGCUGACAGAGCAGCUGCUGAAAGCCAUGAAGGCUCUGGAGUACAUCUUCAAGUUCAUCGUCCGCUCCAGAGUCCUCUUCAACCAGCUCUACGAGAACAAAGGAGAGGCCGACUUCAUGGAGUCCUUGAGGAACCUUUUCACAUCCUUUAAUGAUAUGAUGAACAGUAAUUCAGAGAACACUGGCAUGGUGAAGGGUGCUGCACUGAAGUACAUUCCCACCAUCGUCAACGAUGUCAAGCUGGUCUUUGAUCCCAAGGAACUAAGCAAGCUUUUCACCGAGUUCAUCCUGAAGGUUCCUCUGGGUCGCCUGGUGAAGCAGAAGCUGGACUGCCUGAUUGACAUUGUCCACAGUGAUCUCUUUACUCAUCACGAUUGUCGCGAGAUCCUCCUGCCGCUGAUGACGGACCAGCUGAAGUUCCACCUGGAGAAGCGAGAGGAGCCGAAGGCUUGCUGCCAGCUGCUCAGCGACAUCCUGGAGGUGCUCUACAGGAAGGACGUGGGUCCAACCCAGUGGCACGUGCAGAUCAUCAUGGAGAAGCUGCUCAGGACAGUUAACAGGACAGUCAUCUCCAUGGGCCGUGAUUCCCCUCACAUUGGGAGCUUUGUGGCCAGCAUGACUGCCACACUGAGGCAGAUGGACGACUAUCAUUACGCUCAUCUGAUCAGCACCUUUGGCAAGAUAAGGAGUGAUGUGGUGGAUUUCCUAAUGGAAACAUUUAUCAUGUUUAAAGAUCUCAUUGGGAAAAACGUCUACCCCUCCGACUGGGUCAUAAUGAACAUGAUGCAAAAUAAAGUGUUCCUACGGGCCAUUAAUCAGUAUGCAGCAGUGCUGAACAAGAAAUUUCUGGAUCAAACCAACUUUGAGCUACAGCUGUGGAACAACUACUUCCACCUGGCUGUAGCCUUCCUCACCCAGGAGUCUUUGCAGCUGGAGAACUUCUCAAGUGACAAAAGAGCCAAGAUCUUCCACAAGUACCAGGACAUGAGGAGACAAAUUGGCUUUGAAAUCAGGGAUAUGUGGUACAAUCUCGGGCCCCACAAGAUAAAAUUCAUUCCAGAGAUGGUGGGUCCUAUCCUGGAGAUGACGCUCGUUCCUGAGAUCGAGUUGCGAAAGGCCACCAUCCCCAUCUUCUUCGACAUGAUGCAGUGCGAGUUCCACUUCACAUGCAGCUUCCAGCGGUUUGAGAACGAGAUCAUCACCAAGCUGGAUCACGAGGUGGAGGGGGGCCGCGGAGACGAGCAGUACAAAGUUCUCUUUCAGAAAAUUUUACUGGAGCACUGCAGGAAGCACAAGUAUUUGGCCAAGACCGGCGAGAACUUCGUCACUCUGGUGGUUCGUCUGCUGGAGAGGUUGCUGGACUACAGGACCAUCAUGCAUGACGAGAACAAGGAAAACCGCAUGAGCUGCACUGUCAACGUGCUUAACUUUUACAAGGAGAUAGACAGAGAGGAAAUGUACAUCAGGUACCUGUACAAGCUGUGUGACCUCCACAAAGAGUGCGACAACUACACUGAGGCUGCCUACACUCUGCUGCUGCACGCCAAACUGCUCAAGUGGUCGGACGAGCAAUGUGCAGCUCACCUGACCCAGAGAGACGGCUACCAGGCCAGCACUCAAGGACAGCUCAAGGAUCAGCUCUACCAGCAGAUUAUCAAUUACUUUGACAAGGGCAAGAUGUGGGAGGAGGCAAUCAUUUUGGGAAAGGAGCUGGCUGAACAGUACGAGAAUGAAAUGUUUGACUUUGAGCAGCUCAGUGCCUCUUUGAGGAAGCAGGCCCAGUUCUAUGAGAACAUAGUGAAGGUCAUCCGGCCCAAACCGGACUACUUUGCCGUAGGCUAUUACGGCAUGGGCUUCCCCUCCUUCCUACGCAACAAAAUGUUCAUCUACCGUGGGAAGGAGUACGAGCGCAGGGAGGAUUUCGAGGCACGUCUCCUCACACAGUUUCCGAACGCGGAGAAGAUGAAGACGACCACGCCACCCAGCGAGGACACCAAGUGUUCCUCUGGACAGUACAUCCAGUGUUUCACGGUGAAGCCCAUUCUCGACUUGCCUGCCAAGUUCCAAAACAAACCUGUCUCUGAACAAAUAGUGAGCUUCUACACAGUAAAUGAAGUCCAUAAAUUCCAGUAUUCCAGGCCAGUGAGGAAGGGAGAGAAGGACCCCGACAAUGAGUUUGCGAACAUGUGGAUCGAGAGGACAACGUACACAACGGCAUACAAACUUCCUGGCAUCCUGCGCUGGUUUGAAGUGAAGUCGGUCUCCACGGAGGAGAUCAGUCCACUGGAGAACGCCAUAGAGACAAUGCACCUGACCAAUGAGAAGAUCAGCAGCAUGGUCCAGAGGCAUCUCACAGACCCCAACCUUCCCAUCAACCCUCUCUCCAUGCUGCUGAACGGGAUUGUGGACCCAGCUGUCAUGGGAGGUUUUACCAACUAUGAGAAGGCCUUCUUCAAUGACAAGUACAUGCAGGAACACCAAGAGGACCUUGAAAAGAUAGAGAAACUGAAGGACCUUAUCGCCUGGCAGAUCCCACACCUUGCCGAGGGUGUUCGCAUCCAUGGAGAGAAGGUCACAGAGGCACUCAGGCCUUUCCACGACCGCAUGGAGGCCUGCUUCAAGCAAUUGCGGGAGAAGGUGGAGAAACAGUAUGGUGUAAAGACCCUGCCGGCAGCAGACGAGCGGCGGGGGCCUCGUCCACACUCCAUGGUGCGUUCCUUCACCAUGCCCUCCUCCCAGAGGCCGCUGUCAGUGGCUUCAGUCACCUCCAUUUCCUCUGACAACUCCCCCUCCAGGCCUGGCUCAGAUGGUUUUGCCCUGGAGCCUCUCCUGCCAAAGAAGCUACACACCAAGUCUCAGGACAAGCUGGACCGGGACGAACCUGAGAGGGAGCGAAAAGAGAAGAAGAAGGAGAAGAGGAACAGUAAGCACCAGGAAAUCUUUGAUAAAGAGAUGAAGACCACGGAGAUCCAACUGCAGCCCACUGAAGCUGUCAUACUCUCAGAGACGAUCAGCCCCCUGCGGCCUCAGAGACCAAGGAGUCAAGUUCUCAACCAGAUGGGGGGAGACCGCCGCCUCUCUGUGUCCCCUGGACCUCCUCUUUCUUCCUCCAACUCCUCCUCCUCACCAGGACCUCCACCCAUCACACCCAGGAGCAAACUCUCCUUUAGCGCACUGCACGCUGUUUCCAGUCUGGAGCUGAACGGGAUGGGCUGCUCUGACAAGGGUGAAACCCCUCCUCCGCUGCCUGUGAAAGGCAGCACGGCUGAUUAUGGCAACCUGCUAGAUAAUCAAGACUUGACGAGUCCCUCGACGCCUCCACCACCUCCGCCACAUCAAAGGCCCAUUCCACCUCCUUUGCCCAGCAAGACCCCUCCACCACCUCCUCCCAAGACCACCAGGAAACAGGCCUCCAUCGAUUCAGGAAUUGUACAGUGAACAAAGACGCUGACAGUAGGACCAAACAACACACUGACAACACAACAAAAACACCAUCAGUACAGUAACCGCCCCACCCCUCCUGAAAAAGCGGUUGUUUUUACCCACACAUUCCUCGCUCCCUGUCUCAGCUUGACAAGAUGAAUACCUCACUGCAGACCACCCCCUCUUAUCAUCUGUUUUCAUUUUUUCAUUUGCCUUCAGUUUGCAAUGAUGCAGUCCGCAACAGGGAGCAUGUUGCACACAUGAGUAGUCACUGAAUUUGUAGAUGCUGUCUACGACUGACACCAAGCCACUUCAAGACUUUUACCAUGACAUGAGAUUGUGUUCAGAUAGAUAAGCUUGGACCAACAGCUUUCCAAUACUGACCCACUCUCAAGUAUAUGAGAGCACAUAGCUCAUUAAAGUAUAAUUCCUAUCGCUUUUUAUUCAUAUUCCCACUAUGUACAGAGGUUUGUAUAUAUGAUUUGAUUUUAUUUCAGGUUUUUUUGUAUGUGAUUUGAUCAUGACUCUUUUUGUAUUAACGUAUCAUUAGAUUAAGUGGCAUUUAUAUGAAACAAAAAAGGGCCUGUAGGUUUUGAAUUGACAGGGACUUGACAGAGUUGGUAUGUGAGAACCUAUCACGGAUUUUAUUGGUUAAAAUUUUGGAGUGCACAUACAACUAACUCCUAUCACAUUAUCAUUGUUCAGACCUUGUCCUAGAUUGCUGUAACCAUGGAUUUCAAUAAUAUUGACUGUUCCCAAUUCACUACUGACAUGACUUCUGAAUAAACUUUAAAAUGUAUGUAUUUUUAAAAAAAAAAAAAAAAAAAAAAAAGAUGUUUGCCUCAUUAUUUUGUCUCCAGCAAGAGAUGCUGAAAAUAGAUGUACGAGUGUUUCAACAUUUCAAAAAUCCAAAACAAACCGUCAAUCUGUACGCAUUUCCUCACUUCCACUGAACACUGAGUAACGAAGCUUUCUGCCUGCUUGAUUGACAGCCUUCACAAAAGUCACUUCAUUAUCAACACACAAGGCGCUUUUUACCGGGGCGUGUUACGCCACGGAAUGACUUCUAUAUAGGCUAAUGCAAUCUCAUUUACAUAAUGCAUCCGCUCACCAAGCGAUCAUUUCUCAUUUUCAAAGCUGAAAGUGUGAAUCUGGAAUGUGGCCCAUAUUCGAAGAAUAGUCGAGCAGCGUAGAUGAGCCAACAAAACACAGGUGCCAGCAUUAUCCUGCUUCCUGCAGUCUUAAAUUCUGCUUUUAUAGACGCAGCUGAAGGUCAUACUUAAAGUUCUCUGUUAAAAAAUGGUGGUGUCUUCACAUCGCCGCAGUGUAAUAACACGUCAUGCGAAUAAGUUAAUCAAUUUUUUUUAUGGUUUUAUUUAAUUUUGUUGUGUGAAAAUUAUAGAUUGGGUGUCAUGGGACUUGCAUCCAAGACACACAGGCUGACAAGUUUUUUUCCUCAGCUUUCUAUGCUUGACAGGUUUAAUGUAUUUUGACUCCAAAUUAAUGAUUGGAGUUUGAACCAUUAAGUCAGUGUAUAAUUAUCUGUUGUGCAACAGCUUUAAUGAAUUACUCUUUAAUUAGUUUAGUAAUAUGUGCAUUACUUUGGCUGUCGGUGGAAUAACUUGACUAAUAUAAAGUUUGGAGACCGUAAUGAUUCUGGCAUAGACAGCACUCGAGGCGUACAGCUUUUAGGAAAUACAGUCUUUAAUCAUAAAGCCUUUCUGUACUAUGUGUCGAAGUGUGGUGUUCUAGAUACUUCAAACAAUCAGCACAAUCGCUUUUACCAACUGGAAGGAAAUCUUGUGACUUUCACCAUGUGGCUAUAUUAGUCUUCUUCCUUCUUAAGACAACUCUUGCAUUGUCUUUCAUUCAAUCUUGUAGUUUAUUAUAAGCAGUUGAACAAAUAUUUUGUUUUUGGUUUUUUUUCCAGUUUCCAGUUGUUAUUUGUGCUCUAGUGGCUCAAAGCUGCUAUAUAAUUGGCCUGUUGAACCUCAUUUUCCCAAACCAUAUUUAAUUGUAGCCUGCACAUUUGGUAAAUGUAUUUACAGGCCCUGUUGUCUGUGCCAUAAAACCAGCUUGUGGGACCUUUUUUUGAAGUGUUUGCCCCGGGUGGCUCAUAUUCCUCUGUACUCCCAUUCUGCUGACACUUUGAGUGGGUGUGCGCCUGAGGAGAAAUGCUCAAACUGUAUCAUCUGUUGUUUGAAGGUGCCUUUUUUUUUUUAAACAUCUCAAGAAAGUUAGGGCUCUCUUAUCCUAAUUAGAUACACUAAAUGACAUCUUUUCACUUGGAGUUUUAUUUAGGAAAAGCAGUCAUAGGAGACCACUUGUAAUACUGCAGCUCAUGCGUUGUUAUAAUAUAUUUUGUCGAACAAUUAUAAGGCUCAGUAAUGUGUUGUCAAAAUGCAGAAUUUAAUGCAGUUUCCUCAUAUUUCUUCAAUAAGCAUUUAAAAGAUGCGUAAACAGUUUGACUUGUGUAUAUAAUUCUCUGUAGAACCAAUGUUCUCCUGGAUUCAAAAUAAUCAGGAAGGUGCUAAAGCUUUGAAAAAUCAUUAUUGUGUAGAUUAAAAGUUGAUACUCAUCUGCAGUCUAUUCCAUUUCCUUUCAUCCAUCCUGCACCACCCCCUCUCUCCUCAUAGU